CGCGCUUCAGCCUGACCAGCGCGCGCGCUGCCAAUAGACCAUUUAACCAUUUUCAUGAAAAAGGAAGUUUUGCCAAAAAACGCCACAAAGUUGAAUGUAUUGGUGAAAUAAAAUGCUUUUAACCUGCUAACCACAAUUUACAACCGUAACAACUACUAUUACUACUACUACUAAUAAACAUGAUCAAUAUAAUCGUCGUUUUAAUGUUUUAGACGUUUAGACCUUUGUUUGAGGUGACAGCUAAAACCAAAGCUAAAGCCAAAUAAAUACAUUUUUAUUUCAAAACCUAGCAAUAAACUGUAAAAUGUCAGUAUUUUAAUGGGAGGUUCAGCAGCUUAACAACUUAAACGCUGAACUUUACUACUUAUAAUAAUAAUAAUACUAAUAAUGGCAAUGGCAUUUCUGUUUGCCAUUUAAUGUUCUUUCUAGUUAGCCAGCUAGCUAGCUACAGUAGAGGUGUGUCUGUUUAUGGAGAGCAGAUAUGCAUGUAGCAGACUUCAUUGCCGGCUCUGUUGGAGGAGCUUUUGGCGUGGCAGUGGGCUAUCCUCUGGACACAGUUAAGGUUAGGAUACAGACACAGAGGAAAUUCGUUGGGGUUUGGCAGUGCAUUCACACGACCGGCAGGAAUGAAGGGGUGUAUGGCUUUUAUAAAGGCAUGUCGAUGCCCAUGACUACAGUGUCCAUCAGCUCUUCUGUGGUGUUUGGCACAUAUAGGAAUGCGCUUCAGGUGUUGCACCGCCUGAGGGGUAAAAGAGAAGAUGCCCCCAGUCCCAAACACGAUAUCUUUCUAGCAGGCUUUGCUGGGGGAAUUGCUCAGGUUUCAGUAAUGUCUCCAGCGGACAUUGUGAAAGUACGUCUUCAGUGUCAGACCCAACUAUAUCAGGGAUCUGACUUCAAAUCUAGGCCUAAAUACCGCGGGCCUGUACACUGCCUUUUAACCAUCGCCCGUGAGGAAGGAGUGCUGGGCCUUUACAAGGGAGCCGGAGCCUUGGCGUUAAGAGACGGUCCAUCUUUCGCUACAUACUUCCUUGUCUACAAUACUGUCUGUGAUCACCUGUCUCUGGACAAGAAUGCUCAGCCUGAAUGGAAGGUGGUGAUGCUCGCUGGAGGAUUAGCAGGGAUGUGUGCCUGGAGCGUUGGGACCCCCAUGGAUGUUAUAAAGGCUCGCUUACAGACUGACGGUGUGGGCAAGAGGCACUACAGAGGCUUUUUUCACUGCAUAACCGAAAGCGUCCGAACUGAGGGAACCGGCGUUCUUUUUAAAGGCCUCGUGCUGAAUUGUGUCCGCGCCUUUCCGGUCAACAUGGCAGUUUUUGCCAUGUACGAGCUAACCAUCCGCUUUCUACAAACAAAAUCGUAGUGUUGCUACAUAUCACAUGACACGUAUUAUUAUGUAUAAACAGCAAUGUCAUGCCAUGGGUGAGAAUUCCGGGAAAAUCAUUCCUGUGUGAAAAAUCUGGUAUGAUGGUGAGGUUUAUUUCUAAUCUUAACUUAUUUGCAUUGAAUUGCAGUGACUACCUCUACUAAAAUUUAAUUCAUAUA